AUGAUGCCCGAGAGCGUACGUGACGCCGCCAUCGCGAGCUCGGUCGUUGCUGUCGACCUCGGCAACGACAUCGCCGUCAAGCUACCGAAACCGCACCCAGCGCGCGGGGAUCUGCGCUUCUCGACGAGUUUUCGCGACAAGUGGGGGCAGCUCGGCAAGGCCACGCGGCGUCCAGCGGGGCUCUUGAGUCUCCGGUACGGCCUGACACCGUCGGCGCCGCUUCGCCCGUUCAUGAUCAACCCGACGGGGCACUUCCGGCGCGUCUGGGACAUGCUCCUCGCUUCCGCCGUCAUCUACCUCUGCUGGUACAUCCCGUUCAAUGUUGCGAUUGUGUGGUGGACGCCAACUUCGGAGCUCGCUGUCUUCCGCACCGCCGUCGUCGUCUACGGCGAAGUCAUCGACGACCCGAGCCUCGUGGCCCAAAAGUACCUCAAGUCGUGGUUCCUCGUCGACUUCAUCUCGGUCUUUCCCGCCGAGUGGCUCGUGCCGAAUAGCAAAUCGUCGAGAAAAGGCGUCAAACUGCUCAAGUACAUCAAGUUGCCGCGCAUGCUUCGCUUGUCACAGCUCGUGCGCCGCUUUCGUCGCUUCCAACGCUACGAAGGCGCCGUAGCCAUCUUCUCGGCCUUGAUCUUUGCCGUGCACAUUGCAGGGUGCGGCUGGAUUCUGGCCAUGGCGCCGUGCGAGUACCUUCCCGCCACCGCGCCCCCGGACCUUCACGUGUUUUGCGACCCCAGCAAUGCGUUUGAAGCCUACUCGCUCGGGUUUCAUUACGCGCUCUCGAUCAUGACACUGGCUUCGCUCGACAACGUGUACGCGAGCUUCGACCCGCUCUGCGGCGGCUACCGUCUCUUGCACCUCAACGCGACGACGAUUCCCGAUGGCAUUCUCGUCAUGAGCAACUUGUUUGCGAUCGCUGGCAUUUUGCUCUGCGCCAUCAUGGUCGGCAGCUGCGUCUUUGUCGUCGAGAGCUGGAACCGCGCGGGGUACCAGUUCCGGAAGCGCAUCGACAUCAUCAACCACGAGAUGGAGUUUCUCCAGCUGCCCGAGCAUCUUCGCCAUCGGAUCCAAACGUACCACCAGUACCUCUGGACGCACCAGGGGAGCGCGACGGAGAAGGUGACGCUGCUGCAAGACACGGGCAUGUCGGAGCCGCUCCGCAAGGAGAUUGCGAUCUUCAUGUACCGCGAUAUGCUGGCGAAAAUCCCGCUCUUCCGCGCCGCGACCGACCAGCUCCUCGGGCUCGUGUGCAUGUGCCUCAAGACGGUCAUCUACCUCCCGCGCGACAUUGUCAUCACGCGCGGCGAGCUCGGCAAAGACCUCUUUGUCAUCGCGAAAGGGUCGGUCGUCGUCCUCGCCAAGACCAACGCAGUGGACGAGACCGACGUUGUGCUCACCGAAGGCGCUUUCUUUGGCGAAGUCGGCCUCCUCAUGGCGAUCGAGCGCACGCGCACGGUCGUCGCCAAGACCAUCUGCGAACUGGGUGUGCUCACCAAACUCGACUUUGACAGCCUCAUGCACCAGUUCCCGGCCUUUGCCGUCGAGAUCCAGAAGAUCAUGCUGCAGCGCAGGCUCCACGCGACCGACACCGCCAAGCGUGAUAUACCAAUGCCAAGCCUCGUCGCGAGUGUCAAGUCGACGACCUCGCCUCGGUCCGCCUGGGCGCCGUCGGGCGCGUCGGUCGAGGCGCGCUUGGACCGCAUUGAAGAGCUGCUGACCCUUCUUGUCGCGGAGAAGGAGAGAGCUCAUACCUAA